UUGCAGUACUUGAAAAUAGGGCAAUAUUGGUGGAGUGCUUGGUUAAUAGCAAAUUUAUUGCUGCAAUCAGCUCAUCGAUGGACCAUCGGUGGAACGCUACUCGAAAAGAAUGUUUUCGGUAACUUCCUAUAUCAACUCGACAGUCUAGCAUCGUUGGCAAUCGGUUCCGCAUGGCUUGCAUUCCCAAAAUGGUUGCUACAUCGACAGUAUACCAACAGGCUUUUUUUCAUGAAGGUACUGACAUGGUAUUUGUCCGGAUCGCAGCACUUGUCCGACUUAAUUUGCACCAUCCGGUAUACAUUUAGUGCGGGCUUAAGAAGAGCUUGUGCAAAUAAGCUUUAUCCAAAAAAAAAAGCCGCGGGCUAG